UAAUAACAAAACAAUAUAUUUUACUACUCAGUACUCAGCACGAGAAUCAUAUUAUUAUGUGUAUUACUAUUUGUGUCUUGUGAAGCCGUGAACACUUGUAUCCAACGAUUCCAAGCAUGAAAAAGUAGUGGCGCGUGCGUCUCGUACUUACUAUUGUAAAAUUGUUUACAUUAAUCAAAUUAUAGUUGUAAGCACCUGCUUGUGCGUUUUUUGUUUAAAACAAUAUUCCGCUAUACGACGUCUAUACGCAUUUCGUCCGAAAAACCGACCGGCCAUCAUUUAUCGUGUAGUGGUUUUUAAAUUAAUUAAUAAUUAAAACGACCGUGGUAAGUCCACAGCGAAAUGGACGAUUUCGUGGUAUAAAGUAGUGGUAUAAUGUAGUCUGUAAUAAUAGUAACCAUCGUGACGACGAUAUCUUACUCGACAUGUCGUGUCUCGAAAACUAUUCGAAUUAAUUAUCGUCGAUGUAAUUUGCAUUGUCGUUAGUCGCGGAUCCCCCAGUAGUCCGAAUUCAAUUUUUAUCAAGAUGUGUUAAAUUCAACUCGAUCCGUGUUUAGUUGAUAUUUUACGACGAUGUAUUAUAUAAAUUAACCAUUAUUAUACAUCAUGUAUUUAUUGUUUGCUCUGGUCUCGGUGAAGAGUUAAAAAAAAAGUUUAUCUUAAUACACCAACUGUCUACUACAUUAUGGCGAGCCAGACAACAAUGAGCUUAUGGGAUUUUGUUUGGAAUACAGUCUGUGUACUGUUGGUGUCAAUCRAUAAUUUUACUUUAUACCCGUAGUAUUAUUUUCUGUUUAUUAAAUAAUCUGAUCGAGUCUGUAUUUAUUAACUAUGGAUCUCAACAAGUUAUUUCAAUGGAUGAAGACUCAAUUAGUGUUCAUGGAUCUACUGCUGAUUCCAUUGAAGCAUUUGAUGAACUUCAAGUGCUUGAUGAAAUCACAGAUGAAACCGACAAUAUUAUUGAAGGUGAUGACCAAUUAGAUGAAGAAUUUGACACUAGAAGUGAAGCCAGCUCUAGUUCCAUUGAUGAAACUUCGACAAGAAAUAAGAUUAAAUCUGAAAGAUACAUUAAAAUAGGGGAAGGUACGCCAACUAAAAAAAAACCAUCUGAAGAAUAUCUAUCUCAAUUAAGACUCUUGUUAAAAGAAGCUCGAUUUUUCAUCAUAAAAAGUAAUAAUUAUGAAAAUAUUGAGUUGGCUAAAAUUAAAAGUUGUUGGUCUACAAGACCAUGGAAUGAAACAAAAUUAAAUCAAGCUUUCAGAACAUGUAAGAAUGUAAUUUUGAUAUUUUCAGUUAAAGAAAGUGGUAAAUUUGCAGGGUUUGCUAGAAUUUCUGAAGCAGCUAGAUAUGAUUUGUCACCGGUUGGUUGGGUACUACUUGGAAGUCGUAAUUUAUCGGGUGUAUUUAAAGUUGACUGGAUUACUACAAAAGAGUUAGAAUUCAAUGAUACUUCUCAUUUAUUUAACGCAUACAAUGAAGGAAAAACUGUCAAAAUUGCUCGCGAUGGCCAAGAAGUUGAUGCUAAGACUGGAUUACAAUUGUGCUCAAUGUUUCUAGAAGACAAAUCAAUUGAUUUUCAGUACAUUUUAAAAAAAGCUAAAAAUCAUCAACCCUCUAUCAGUACAGCCGAAUUACGACAACGACGUAGAGUGCUUGGUUUACCAGAUGAAGGACCAACUAGUAAAGAAUAUAUUCAUGCUUAUCGGUUUGGGAUGCCACAUAAACAACCACCUAGGAUGUUAUCACAUCCAUAUUAUGUACGCCCACCUUUGUAUCCACCAUACCAAUAUAAUUUAAGUGGAUCACCAAUGGUACAACGUUAUUAUGACAAUGUACCAUUGUCACCUUUUCGGCUUCCCAUACAUGUACCAGAUACAUACACAAGACCRUUGGAAGAUUACUAUAAAAGAGACAGAUUACUCAAUCUCAGGGAAUAUCAUUCGAGUCAAAGACGUGAAAAAGAACGCCAUACUCAUAGACAUCGUUAUCAUUAAAGUUUUUGAAAAUACCAUCAAAAGAUCCUCCUUAGAUUACUAAAACAGAAAUAUUAGCAUUAAGAUUACUAGUCUUAAAAGUAAAUACAUUUUUUUGUUAUUAUUAUUUUUGUAUAAUUAGAAAUUUUAUCCUACUAUGA